GUGUGUGCUAAUGUAGCGUUAGCUGCGAAGGCAAAUGAUGAUCUCUCGGAGUACUAACAUUAGCAGCAGAUUGAGAACCUACUGUAUUUGUUUAGAUGUUUCUCUUUAAUACAACGUAACACUUGUAAAUCAUAGACAAUUUCCGGCGUCAACUGGACAGUUCAGUAGCAACUGAAGAAAAACAAUUGCAGGUUUGAUCGUCGUUUGCACACACAUCUUAAGGAUGGGGAGAACAUAAAGAUGGAGAAACCGAAGAGCUCUGGAGAGGAGGAGGGCUCUGGGGAGCGUGGCUUGCUCCACACAUGGAAGGGCUACUCCUGCAGCGUCACCCCAGAGAAGGUGCUCCACUCCCGGCCCGUGCUGCUGGCAGCCCUGGGCAACAGACAUGGAGUGCUUCUGGUGGAGGGUGGGCAGGUGUACAGUUUUGGCGAGUUGUCAUGGAAACAGACCCAGAUGCCGGCGCCAGCGGCAACGUCCGAGCCGGUCUUGGAGGCUGGGCUUAGCGGGCAGCGGGUAGUGGGCGUGGCUGCCGGGGGUUUCCACAGCGGUGCGGUGACCGAGGACGGGGGUGUGCACAUGUGGGGGGACAACACCCACGGACAGUGCGGCCUAUCUGGGCUCACCACGGUUCCUAACCCCACCCCAGUGGCCGUCGUCGACCAGGACUCCUCUGGCGCUGCCCAGGUGGUAAAGGUGGUAGAGCUGGCAUGUGGGGAGCAGCACACGCUUGCUCUCUCUGCCCGGCACGAGGUGUGGGCCUGGGGCAGCGGUCAGCAGCUCGGCCUCCCCACCAACACCUUCCCCGUGUGGAAGCCCCAGAGGGUGGAGCACCUGGCGGGCAAGCAUGUGCUCCAGGUAGCCUGCGGGGCCUUCCACAGCCUGGCCCUGGUGCGCUGCCCCGCCCCGUCUCAGGAGCCACGGCGACCGCCUCCGGACAAGUGCGGCCAGUGCAACCAGAUGCUGUACACCAUGACUGACAAAGAGGACCACGUCAUCAUCUCCGACAACCACUACUGCCCCCUAGGGGUGGAGGUCGGGGAGGUCCGCCGGAGCUCAGAGGGGAAUCCGGGGAAGGGGUCGACGUGGCAGCAGAAGGUGAAGAGCUCCCCAUCAGAGCCUCUGCUGUCCACACACAGCCACAGCACCCCCAGGCCUUCGUCCUUGUCCUCCAUGGCUCCCGGUUCUUCCCCUGCCCCCUGGCCCCCUCUAUCCCAUGAUCGGACUGCUUCUUCUGGGUUGGACUCUACAGAUGAUGCCUUUGAGGAGCCAGAGGAAGCAGCAGAACCCACCUUAUGCGACCAAGGCCCAAGCCCCCUACAGGCAGACAGCUCCAUACCUCAAGAGGGCGCUGUGGGGAUGGGGGCUAAGAACUCGCCCUAUCCAGAUGAGCAAGCGGUGAAGGACUACCUGAAGAGACUGUCAGACUACAAGCUGUCUGAACAAGCAGCGAAGUCGCCACCGCUGCCACUGCGUUCACAGACGGAUACCAUCGCCGACGUCUUCACCCCCGACGACCCCACCACCACCACCUCCAUCGUCACCGUAGCGACCGUCAGUCCGGUGGGCUCCGCCCUCAACAGCCUGGUGGCGUCGUGCGCGUCGGUCGUGGGCGAGCGCGUGGCCUCCACCUGCGAGGCGCUCUCCUUCCGCAAGGUCAUGAGCUACUACUACCCCUCCUCCUCCUCCCCGUCAGGCUUGGCCGUGGGGGCCCCUCCGGAUGGAGGCAGGGAGGGCCCGGUGGCGCUGGCCCACCUGGAGGACUCGCUGCAGGGCAAGAAGAGCUCCAGCCUGGGGGAUAUCCGCGAGGAGGAGGCGGAGGGCCUGAGUCGACGCCUGUCCCUGCCAGGGCUCCUGUCUCAGGACAUCUCACCAGCUGAACCUGAUGCCUCUGUUGUUACCAUGGGAGCAAAUCCAUCUCCCCAGAGUUCCGAUUGUGAUGAAAGUUCUACAGUCUCUCCUCGGCUUUUGCGGCGGUGCAGUCGCUCCCGUGUCAAGGUGGCACCCCUCACCCCCCCAGUGGUUGCCGAGGGUGACAGCCUCCUGCCCUCCCUGCAGACGGAGGUGUGGAGUUGGGGGCGGGGCCAGGAAGGGCAGCUGGGCCAUGGCGACCUUCAGUCUGGGUUGCAGCCUCUGUGCAUUAAGUGGCUAAGCAGUAAGGAGGUAGUAAGGAUAGCGGCAGGCGCCCACCACUCCUUGGCCCUCACUGCACAAUCUCAGGUUUUCUCCUGGGGUAGUAACAGCUCUGGUCAGCUCGGCCAUAUGGAAUCACCCAGCACUAUUCCACGCUUGGCUAAGCUGUCAGAGGGGAUCCGUGUCUGGGACGUGGGAGCAGGGCAGCAACACACGCUGCUAUUGGCUGACGGUGACUGCUUCCAGCCAAUCCUGUACUACAGCGGCCAACAGGUGAGGGAGGGGUCAGGCCAGACCCCCCAGGAGGCGUCGGGGGGCUACACCCAGCAGCCAGUCCUGCUGCCCUUCUGUAUGAACCUCGGCUACGUGAGCAGUGUGUUUGCGGGGGGUCAGGCGUGUGCUGCGGUGGCCGAUAAGAACGUGAUGGGCUUCAUCGCCAGUCUCCACGAGCUGGCAGCCGCUGAGAGGAAGUGCUACUGUAAACUCACCGGCGUCAAAAUACAAGUCCUACAGCCUCUCCUUAAAGCAGACAAUCUCAGCUCAUCCAUCGGUCUAACCUCCACUGGCCUUCUUCAAACUCUGAUUGGUCGUUUUAAUCGGGUGUGUCAGCUGACUGGUCAGAACUCCGUCUCCCUGACGACCCUCCUGCGACACUCGCGUGACAUCAAAGGCCUGGUCAUCCUGGACAACACACAGGUGUUCAUCGACGCCUACACAGAGUACUCCGCUGCAGUGGGGAAUUUCCUGGUCAUGGGAGGCUUCCAAGCACUAGCGAAACCUUGCCAGGAUUUGUUUGGUAAGGGGUGUGAGACGGUGCAGCGGUUGGUGGAGAGUUUGGACGAGAGCGCUCCUCUUCCUGAUCUGCUCUUCUCACUCCUCCACCUUCCCAUCAAGCACCUGCAAGAGUACGGCCGCCUGAUCCUCAAACUGGCCACCUGCUAUGAAGUGAGCUCUCCGGAUUAUCAGAAGCUUCAGGACGGCUGCUCUAAGUUUGAGUCUCUGGUCCUUCAUCUCAAGAGGAAGAAGAAGGAAGCUGACUACACACUUCACUUCUGGAAGAGCUUCCCUGGCAAGAUGACUGAUUCUCUGCGGAAACCGUCUCGGCGGUUGGUGUGUGAGAGCAGCAACAAGGCACUCACACUGCAGAAUUCCGGAAGGUUCUCUGUGAACUGGUUCAUGCUCUUCAACGAUGCUCUCGUCCAUGCACAGGGCAUGGUUCCCUAUAAAAGCCUCUUCUCCACCCACCAUGUCUUCCCCCUGACCACGCUCUGGGUGGAGCCUAUCUCCGAGGAGACCACUGACCAGCAUGGACUGAAGGUGAUCACACCUGAGGAGACUUUCACUCUGCUGGCGUCAGCACCAAUGGAGAAGGCGAAGUGGUUGCGUUCCAUAAACAAGGCGGUGGAGCAGGCGCUGAGCGGGGCGGGGUCAGAGGCGGUGACUAUGGCCUCGGGGGCGGUGCCUAGAGCGGACCCGCCCAUCUCGCGCACGGCGUCGUACACCUUCUACAAAGACAGCCGUCUGAAGGACGCCACCUACGAGGGCCGCUGGCUGGCAGGGAAGCCCCACGGGAGGGGCAUGGUGAGGUGGCCUGAUAGUAGAGUGUACACGGGAACAUUCAAGAACGGUCUGGAAGAUGGUGUUGGAGAAUACAUUGUGCCCACUAAGAGUCUAAAUAAGAGUGACCAUUACCAAGGCAACUGGAAAGAGGGCAAGAUGCAUGGCUUUGGGACCUACAGGUAUGCCACAGGUGAGGUGUACGAGGGCUGUUUCCAGGACAACAUGCGCCAUGGCCACGGGAUGCUGCGCAGCGGCAAGCUAAACUCCUCCUCCCCCAGUGUCUUCAUUGGCCAAUGGCUCAACGACAGGAAGUGUGGCUACGGCGUCUUCGAUGACAUCACCAGAGGCGAAAAGUACAUGGGUAUGUGGCAGGAGGACCAGAGGCAGGGCAAUGGAGUGAUUGUCACCCAGUUUGGCCUUUACUAUGAGGGAGCCUUCAGCAACAACAAGAUGAUGGGCACUGGGGUGUUACUCUCUGAAGAUGACACCACAUUUGAGGGAGAGUUUUCUGAAGACUGGACACUCAGUGGGAAGGGCACCCUAACCAUGCCUAAUGGAGAUUACAUCGAGGGCUCCUUCAGUGGUGUGUGGGGCACUGGGCUGAAGAUCUCCGGCUCCUACUACAAACCCAACAUCUACGACUCUGACAAGGACAAAAGCCACACACUUAAGCUGGGUCGUCUGGCGGUGGCGUCUGAGGAGAAGUGGCUGGCCGUGUUUGAGGAGUGCUGGCGGAGGCUGGGCUCUGAGUCCGUGGGUCAGGGGGAUACCAGCCGCGCCUGGGACAACAUCGCCAUCGCCCUGACAACCAACCGCCAGAAACACAGGGACAGCCCCGAGCUGUUGACUCGCUCUCACCAUAAAACCCUGGAGAGUCUUGAGAUCAUCCCGCAGCAUGUAGGGCCUGUCACCAUGGAGACGUAUGACAGCAUCCGCUGCUACCUCAUCAAGGCGUGUGACACCCCGCUCCAUCCGCUGGGCCGUCUCCUGGAGACGCUGGUUGCCGUGUACCGUAUGACCUACGUAGGUGUGGGGGCCAACCGCAGGCUCCUGCACCAGGCCGUCAACGAGAUCAAGUCCUACCUCAACCGCAUCUUCCAGAUCGUCAGAUUCUUGUUCCCAGAUCUUCCUGAAGAGGGUGGUUUGGUCCCGGAGACAGCAGAUGCCCAGAAGGAGACGGACUCCAGCUCCUCUGAUGCCCAGCUAGACGCUCCACGGCGUGUGGUGAGCAGCUGUGCUCUGCUGUUGCCUGUCCUGCUCCCCCGUCUCUACCCGCCCCUCUUCACACUCUACGCCCUGGAGAAGGAGAAGGAGGAGGAUGUGUACUGGGAGUGUGUGUUACGCCUCAACAAGCAGCCCGACCUGGCUCUGCUUGCCUUCCUGGGAGUGCAGCUAAAAUUCUGGCCGGUAUCUGCCACUGUUCACGGGGAUAAGCAGCAGGUGGUCACCAGCACAAAGGAUGCCUGCUUUGCCUCUGCAGUGGAGACCCUGCAGCAGAUAAGCACAACGUUCACUCCGUCAGACAAGCUGCACGUGAUCCAGCUGACCUUCGAGGAGAUCACACGGGAGGUGCUGGCGCUGCUGAACGAGGACUUCCUGUGGUCCAUGGACGACCUGUUCCCCGUCUUCCUCUACGUGGUCCUGCGCGCUCGAAUUAGGAAUCUAGGGUCGGAGGUCAACCUGAUUGAGGACUUGAUGGAUCCGUGUGUACAGCAUGGGGAGCAUGGCAUCAUGUUCACUACACUCAAGGCUUCUUACUACCAGAUCCAGCAUGAGAAGAUCACUUAGUAGUUGGGCUUGCUAAGUGACAGGUCAGCUAACCAAUCACAGAUCAUGAAAGAGUGAUUGACAGAAGAAGGACCCAGUAGCAGGCUCUCUCAGAAGUGCUGGGCUCGGUUUUUGCCCAAUCAACAGUUUCAUCUCCCUCUUCCUCAGUGUUGGGUAGGAAUUGCAACCAGCAGCCUGGCCGAAGUCAAGAGUCAAGAACACUCAUCCACACCUACACACUACGGUUCCCUUGUGACAUGUUCUAUAACCACUGUGUGUGUGUUCCACAGUGUAAACAUUUUUAGUGAUCACUGCGUGUUCCGCAAUAGAACCGCAAAUGGCUGCUGUCCGAGGAAUGGAACAUUUUGUCCUUGCAGUGUUCCUGUGACGUGUUAUUGUUCUGUCUUACCAGCGAUGUCAAGCUGUCAUAUCUACAGGUGCUCCACUGUGGUGGAUAAACUGACCAAUGCGUAGCACCUGUGUCACUGACCUCACACUGUUACCAUGGCGAAGCACAUUCACUGUCUUGCGGGUUUUCCAGAGGAGAUUUAGAGCUUUAGGAAGAAAUAGUCCUCUGGUGUUUUGCGUCCGAGUCUGUUUUGUAAGCUUUACACGUCGCCUGACCCAAGUAACCAUAUCGAAUGUUAUUGUUUACGCUGCACACACAGAUUCACAUCUUGGAGAGUACAGUGGCUCAGGUUCAUUUAGUUUUUUACAUUUCAGUGUUAUGCAAAUAACUGACAGGGUUAGGAUGGAAGGGUGAAGACACUCAAGCGGUUUUUUCCUUUUUUUUUUAAGUGACCUCUGACCCUAGCGGAGCAGUGGGUUUGACCUCCAAUGGCGACCUCCAGUGUUCUGACUGAGUCAGCACCUGAUCAUACCAGUUUUUAAGCUCAGUGUUGUAGCUGGUUGAGUUUUGUUUCUUAGUACUGUUCUGGCUUCCGAGUGACUAUAUGAAGGUUCUAUUCCAAAAUGGCCGAUCAGAAGCCUGACACCACAGUGACAAGACACUGAAGACACAACAGUGUAGACAACAGGGAUGUAAAAUGCAAACCAAACGAGAGAGAAGAAAUU